AUGUGGCAGUGGAUUCAGGGGCUGACCAGGUCCUGCAGGCAGAGUGUGGGCUACCAGGUUAACUACAUUGGCGCGGACCAAGCAGAACAGGAGAUGGUGUGCCUUGAGCCCAUGGGAUCAGAGCGGAUGGAGAUGCGAAAGAGGCAGAUGUCGGUGCAGCAGGAGUCGGCAGCGGGGGGAACUGCACCGGCCCAGCAGGACCAGCCGAGCCAGGCCAACCCGAGGGGCUCCAACGCGUGUUGCUUCUGCUGGUGCUGCUGCUGUAGCUGCUCCUGGAAUGAAGACAGGGAUGAACGGAAUCGAAAGGCAUCAUAUGACGUCAAGGAAGGGACCUCAGACUGUGAAGACUGCCCAAAGCCCACGCUGGAGGAGGUGCACAUGUGGGGGCAGUCGUUUGAUAAGCUGAUGUGCUGUCCAGCUGGGAGGAACUCUUUCCGGCAAUUUCUCCGCACCGAGUUCAGCGAGGAGAACAUGCUGUUCUGGCUCGCAUGUGAAGAGUUCAGCAAAGAGACCAAUAAAAGUGUGAUCGAGGAGAAGGCCCGGCUCGUCUACGAGGACUACAUCUCCAUUCUCUCGCCGAAAGAGGUGAGUCUUGACUCCCGAGUGCGUGAGACGAUUAACAGGAACAUGCAGGAGCCCAACUUGCACACGUUUGACGAUGCCCAGUUGCAGAUCUACACGCUAAUGCAAAGAGACUCGUAUCCCCGCUACUUGAACUCCCUAGCGUACAAAAACCUGCUCAAACCUCUGUCAGAGCAGUCCCCCGAAUCUUAGGGCGGCAACGACAACCUGUGAUCUUUUAAUCCUCUUUGCCCUUUCUAAGUCCUUCAAUCCCCCACAACCCCCCUGACCCAAACCCCAAGUUUAUGAAAAAAGGUUUUCUUCUUUGUAUGUUCAGUGUAGGAUUACAUGAGCCAGGCCUCGGGCCCCGGCCCCUCCCAGGGAUCUCAGCGAUAUUGUGAUCUGCACCUGACCGAAGACAACUCAGGUCUGAAAAACCUCCUGAGGGCUUGACAUCACAUGUACUGCUACAGAUCAACAUAGCAAAACACUCCAAAGGAAUAUGAAUAACACUUUAAUUCUGCUUCUUUUUCCUUCUUUUUUUUGAUAGAAAUAUUCUAUUUUAUUUGUGUUCAGAGUUUUUUAUGGUCUGUUGUUUUUUGUAUGAUUGUUUUUGGGGGAAAUGAUUCCUAUUGUAGACUAUCUAUACAUAUAUACAUAUAUAUUUAUGAGUUUGUAAAAAGUUCAAAUGAAAUUGUGGGUAUUUUAUGUGGAAAUGCCUGGUUCUAUUUACUGCGUAUGAAAAUCAAAGCUCAAGUCCAAGCUACACAUUAGCUUGACUUGCUGGCAGCUUUGUGGGGUACUGUUUAAUUUUUUAUUCUUAUUUAUUUCACUUCGUUUUGUUACCUAACCUCACACUUCAGUAUCUGUGGCAGCGACUUGGCAACUCCAGUUCAUGCACAACCUGUGUGUGGUUUAGAAUAAUGUAUGUAUGGUUACCAGAGAAGUAACAGGGUGCAAUAAAUGAAAAUCAGUAAUGGUGAAGAGUAUUUUAACCUUUAUCAAUUGCCAGUAUAAGACAAUAUUGUUGUUUUUCUAAUACUAGUGGGACAAUUUGCACAAAUCAUAGGUUUAUCACAAAUUUAUUGGUGUAUGAUUCUAAGCUGAAUAGAUUUUAACAAAGAAAGUAUUUUAUUUAAUAUUGCACCAUGUCAAAAAAAAUUAAAAUUAUAUUUAAUUAUUUUUGAUGGAGUAAAUAACACAAAAAAAUGAAGACAUUUUAUUCAAGAUAAUUUAUUUUAUGGGUCUGUAAUUUUUCAACAACUUUCCAAGGUUUUCCUGAUAUUACCUAUAUUCUUUCCGUUAAUAAAAGGUCAUUUGUCUUAGUUAUGUUAGUUGUGCUCCAGUUCUGACCAGCAUUGUCACCCUGAUGCCUAUUCCUCUAAAGCAGUAUUGUCACUCUGAUGCCCAUUUCUCUAAACAUCUUUCACCAGAAUAUUUCAUAUCAGGGAGCCAUGCAGUAUUAUGUAUAGUCAGCUCAUACCUUAUUGAUGAACACCUAACCGCACCACAGUGAUGCAGCUGUCAAAAUGAUAUUAUGAGGAUGCAGUCACACCAUUAAAACUCUUAAGUUCAUCUACAGUUAGUUUACUCCCUGUUUCUGUUUACUACCACAGAACUCAUUUAUGUUUGAUGCAUAGAAUAAAUCCAUUUUCUGCCUCACCCAUAAACAACCACACAUCCAUUAGACAUGUUUUUGUUAAAAAGUUUGUGGUUUUUUUUUUGUUCAGAGAACAACCCGUAAUCUGUCGACAGCCAUAUAGAACGACAACUUCAAAACUGGUGCCAUUUCAGAUGCAAAGUCAUCAUUUAUACAAACCCAUUGCAGUAUGAGGUCACGAGUGCCAAUGCUGACACACAUUUUCCCUCUUCUGAGAUUCCCCAAUAUAAAAAGUUAAAGUUAUGAAAAACCUGUUGUUUGUCAGAUUUCAUUUGACGUGUUAACUGAUGAGAUGCACCGUUGCUCUUGAGUCAUGCUAGCAAGGUACAUCCAUGGUUCGUGAAAUUUGUUUGGGAACUUCUGUUACCAUUUUUACAAACGAGAUUCCUCUAGCAGGCUUCAGUAUAACACCUAAACAUGUCCUAAACACAGUUGGUUUAUGCUAUUUAUUAACUGGUUAAGUAAAAGCAAUGAAAUUAUUUUUAUUAGCAAUAACUAACAUUAAACUUUAACGUUUGUCCAAAGAACAUGCAGGAAAGUCAUGAGAAAUUGCAGACCUAUUAAUACAGCAUCACAUUUGAGAAUUAUCAUAAAAAAAUCAUAUAUUUAAAAACGGAUAAGAAAUAUUAUGGUUAGAGGAUCUUGCCAGGUUAGCAGAAACACCAAAGCUAUGAUGUAAGCUGUGUUCACAUGUUUAAAGAGAGCGUUGAGUAGGGGUGGAGUUGCCAAGUGUUUUAAUACUUAGAAUAUCUAGUUUUAUUUGAAUUACUUUGUUGCCUCACAUUGUGUCACUCGAAGACAAGAUCCUCUCAUGGGGAAGUGCCUUGACAUUCAGUUUACUGACAUCUUUCUCAUGGGCAACAGUUGUUCGCUGACUUGCGCCGAAAGGUCGUUCACUGGAGAAUGACUACAGUUUUACCGUAAAUUGUCCCUCUCAUUGGCCAAAAUAUCUUGCGUGUUUGGUCUCGAUUCCUCAAUUGUGAACACAUCGGUGGAAGGUGGUAGGAUGCAGCACCUCUUUGUCGGCUGAAGACAGAGAUCGCUGUGACCAGGCGUGAGGAGUCGGAGCUUCUCGCCAACCUGUGUGCUUCAUGGUGGCUCUUGUCUUAGAGUUAACUCAAACUCACUACAUACGAUGUGCAAUUUGAGCUGAUGAGUUAUACCGCGCAGAUCAACCUCAAAACACAAUCUAAGCCAAUGGUUUGGAGUGAUGCCUAUAAAUGUUGUUUCUUCUGUUUACUAUAUGAAAUGUGUUAUUUUGCGCUGAGUUUACUUAUGAAGACAUUUUUCAAAAA